AUGUUUUAUGCAUGGGUAAUCCCGUAUACUACAACUGUCCAUAUAAGGAUUAAUGCCAAUGCAAAUCCAUCCAAAUAUGGAUCAUACGACGCUUACGUAUCUCGAGCUACACAUUCGACUGCCACACAAAAACAGUCUGACACUACCCAGUCCGGUGCAACGGUAGCGUCACCUCACGGAUCAUCCAACAAUCAUACAAACUAA